GAAGUUUAUUAUUAUUAUUAUUGUUGUUGUUGUUGUCAGUUGUUGUUGUUGUUGUGCGCAAGACGUUGACGUAAUAAUAAAAAAAUAAAUAAUAAUUAAGUUGAAGGAUAAUUUAUAAUAGGUAUACAUGUCUAUAUUUAUUUUUCCAACAAAAUAAAAUAAUUGUACAUACCUCAACAUACCUAUAUGUAUUCAAUGAAUCAUUGUGUCUGAUGUUACAUAUUAAAUUACGUCAAUAUAAUAAAAUGUCAAAAAAUUGGCCAUAAUAUUACUUAAAGAGAGAGAGAGAAAGUGCAUUUAUUUUUAUUUAUAUUAUUAUUAUUAUUUAACUGAUUGAAUAGAAAAAAAAAAAAUAAUUAUUUAAUCACCUCUAAUAAUAAUAUUCACCAUCAUCAUCAUCAUCAUGGGUGCUGAUGAAAAAUUAUUUUUCACAAAAACUGUUCAACAUUUAGCAAGAUCAUUAGCUGGAAUACGACCAACACCAUGGGACAGGGUAAAUCGUUUAUUUAAAUUAUGUCCACAAGAAUCACAACAAGGAAUUUAUCGUAUUGAUCAACGUGGACAAGAUGCAAUAAUAGCACUUGGUAUUUAUUUUCUUGAAUCAAAUUUACAACAUCGUGAUAAAAUAUUACCAUAUUUAUUACGUUUAUUGCGUGCAUUGCCAAAAGUUGUUUGGCUUGAUGAAAUAAAAAUAAGACCAUCUGAGAGAAUUCCAGUUGCUGAAAGAUUUAGUUUUUGUUUAAAUACAUUAUUGAGUGAUGUUGCUGUACGUUGUCCAGAAUCAAAUGAAGAAAUAAUAUCAACACAAGUUGAAACACUUGUUAUUAUAACAAAUAAAAUAUUUGAUAAUAAAAAUGAUAAUAAUAAUAGUAAUGAUGGUGGUGGUGGUGGUAAUAGUAUGCAAGCUAAAUUAUUAUUAUGUAAAUGUCAUGUACCAAUAUUAAUUGGUUUAGCAAGAUCAAUGGGUAGAUUUGCUUGUGUUGAUCCACCAUUAUUAUGUAGAAUAUUUCCACAUCCAGAUAAUGUUAUAAAUAAUUCUACCAAUUAUAAUAAUUCUAAUCAAUCAUCACCAACUAGACGUCAUUGUAGUUUUUCAAAUUAUCGUUCAAUAAUACCACGUUCAUUGAGUGGUAAUAUUAAUCCAAAUUUACAAAUUGAUUGUGCACAAGCUGUACUUGCAAUUGGUGAUAAUAAUUUUCAUAAUAACAAUAAUAAUAAUAAUAAUAUUAAAUUAAAAAGACCAUCAUUUGAUUCAUAUUUAUCUAUACAAUAUGAUCCUUGUACAUAUUUUUUUACUCGUUAUGGCUCGAGUUUUAAUCAAUUUCCACAAAUGAGAUGUAAUGAAAAUCCAGAUAAAAGAACUGGUUUAUUAUUUAAUAUUGUACAUUUACGUAGUAUCCUUGAACUUGCUAAAAAAUUAUUAACAAAAGAUACACUUAAAUAUUUGGAUGAUGAAACACAAAAAAUAUAUUUAUCUGGUCAAAUACAAAUAUUUCCAUAUCGUUCAUACAGUGAAACAAUGAAUUUAGUUAUGGUUACAUUGUUACGUGAAUUAUUACAAAAUCAAAAAGAUUUACCAAUACCAUUUACUGGUGAUGUACAAGAAUUUGUCAAGGGUCUAUUUAUAUCUGGACAAACUGAAUUACAUUCAUUACAACAUGAUGCCAGUGAGAGAGAAGAUUAUGAUACAAAUUAUCGUACAGUAAAUAGAUUCAAGGUCAAUGUUAUGGCUAAUUCAGCAUGUGUUGAUUUACUUGUAUGGGCAAUUGGUGAUGAAACUGUACAUGGAGAAUAUAAUUUGACUGCACUAUUUGCAGAUAUCACUUCUAUGCUAAAUGACGAGGGUGCUGAUAGUCUUUGCAGUCGUUUAACGGAAAAAAUAAAUUCAAAUCAUGGACCAAAAUUGGUAUUGGCACAUAUGCCAUUGUUGAUGGUUUGUUUAGAGGGUCUUGGUAAACUUGCUCAAAAAUUUCCAAAUAUUGCAAUAACAUCAACAUAUAAUCUUCGUGAUUUUUUAAUGAAUCCAUCACCAAUACUUGUUAAAUUAUAUGCACAAAUAUGUGAAAAAAAAAAUGAUCAAAAAGAUAAUCAAUUUCGUGCAACUGUUGAAGGAAAAGAAAUAUUAAAUAUUAUAAAACUUACAACAACAAUGACAACAACAUCAACAUCAACAUCAUCAACAUCAUCAACACCACAUUCACCAGCACAAAUGGCAUUUGAAAAAUUACGUGAUGCUGCUAUUAAUAAUUUAUGUAUUGCAUUAGAAGCAGCACAGCCAGUAUAUCCAAAUUGUGUACCAGCACUUGUUAGUAGUGCAUCAACAAGAAUGUGUAGAUUAGAAAAUAAUAAUACAUCAUCAAAUCAACUUAUUGCUGAAAAUAUUAUGAUAAUGCUUGGUCAUGUUGCUGUUGCAUUAAAAGAUACACCAAAAACAACAAGUAGUAUAUUACAAUUUUUUGAACAAAGUUUUUGUAGAAUACCAAGUGCACUUGAUUCACUUAUUGUUGAUCAACUUGGCUGUAUGAUUAUUGCAAAAUGUGAUACACGUGGUGAUAUUAUGCAAAUGUUUUCUGUAUCGCUAGAAUCAAGUUGUUCAUCAAAUUCAUCAAAUAUUGAUAGAAAACAAUAUAGACAUGUUACUGGUGCUGUUACAAAUGCAUUAGCAAAUAUUGCUGCUAAUUUACAGGGUGAAGAAGAAUUGGAUAAAUUAUUAUUACGUUUAUUACAAUUAUUUGUAUCAAUUGGUCUUGAGGGUAAACGUCAAAGUGAAAAAACAACAACAUCAUCUGGUGGUUCAUCUGGUUCAUCUGGUUCAUCUGGUUCAUCAACAAUGACUAAAAUAUCUGGUUCAAUUGCUGGUAAUCUUGGUUCUCUAAUACCAGUUAUUGCAAUACUUGUACGUCGUUUAUCACCAAUAAGACAACCAAGUACACGUGUAUUAAAAUUAUUUAAAGAUUUUUGGUUGUAUUGUGUUAUAUUUGGUUUUGUACCAAUUGAACCAGCAUCAUCAAGAUAUUGGCCAAAUGAAUGGUAUGAUGGUGUACGUGAAAUAGCUAUUAAAUCACCAUAUUUAAUUGCUCAAACAAAUUCAAAGUUGGAAAUGCGUGAGUUACAAUAUACAUCAGCAGUACGUAAUGAAAGUGUAUCAUUAUCAGAAUUACAAGAAUUACGUAAUCAAAUAUUAAAAAUGAGUAUUAGAUCUGGUGAUAUUGCAACGUAUGUAUCAAAAAUGCAAUUUGCACAAAUAACAUAUUUAUUGUCUGUUUAUUGGGUUGAAACAUUACGUGUAUCAAAUAAUACAGAACCAAGUUUACAACCAAUUAUGGAAUAUUUAAGUGAUACAGAUUUACAAAAAGAUAAAAGUGGCAUGUGGCAAUGUAUAUGUAGUGUUGGUGAUUCUGUAUUUAUUAAAUUUAAAGAUGUCAUGCAACGUAAACCUAAAAAUGAAAAACGUGAACGUGAACUUGAAAAUCAUGCACAAUUUUUAUUAGUUAAUUUUAAUCAUGUACAUAAACAAAUACGUCGUGUUGCUGAUAAAUAUUUAUCAGCACUUGUUGAUGCAUUUCCUCAUUUAUUAUGGAAUUGUCGUGUAUUAUGGAGUAUGUUGGAUAUAUUACAAGUACUUGCAUUUUCAUUACAAUUAGAUCCAAAUGAAGAAACACCAACACUUGCAAUACCUGGUACAUCAUUUAGUAUACAUUUAAUGGAUUCACUUGAAGCCAGAGAAAUUAUUGUUAAAGAUUUUGCAGCAAGAUGUAAAGGUAUUGUACAAGAAGCCAUGAAAUGGGCACCACAUGCAACAAGAUCACAUUUACAAGAAUAUAUUAAUCAAAUACCAACAUCUGGUAUGUGGCAUCAUGGUGGUCUUGCACUUGCAACUGAUUCAGUACUUGAAUUUGUUGAUUUAGGUGUAUCAUCAUCAUCAUCAUCCUCAACAGCAACAUCAUCAUCAUCAAAUCAUUAUGGUAGUGAUGGUGGUGGUGGUGGUGGUAGUGGUGGUGAUGGUAAUAAUGGUGGUACUGUUGUUGAUAAUAAUAAUAGUAGUGGCAAUAGUUAUAUAAAUAAUAGUAAUUAUAAUAGUGGUGGUGGUGGUGGUGGUGGUGCAUAUGGUAAUACAAAUACAAAUUCAAUUGAUAAACGUAUACGUGGAACAAAAGGUGCUAGUUCAUGGUUAUUAUCAAUGAUGUCAAGAAGAUCUUGGUAUGCUGGUGAAGUAACUGGUAUGCUUGAUUUAGCACGUGUUGAAUCACCAACAUCAGAUGUACAUCCAGAGGAGGGUAGAAAAAUUGUCAUUGAUCGUGUUAUUGCUGCUGUUAAAAAUGCAUGUCAUAAUAAAAAUGAUAGAAUGCAUCAAGGUGCAUUGUGGCGUGCAACAGCAUUAUUAAUAUUAAUACCAGGUGUACAUAGAAGGCUAUUGUAUGUUGUUGCUGGUUCACAAAUUGAAUUAUUUACAACAACAGCAAUGACAACAGCUGUUGAAUGUUGGCAAUGGAUAUUAACUGCUCGACCAGAUUUAAAACUACGUUUUCUUCAAGAAAUGUUAUCAGCUUGGCAAUAUACUGUUGAUAAAAAAAUUGGCUUAUUUUCAUUACAAAAAGAUGAAGUUAGUCCAUUAGCUGUUUAUGAAGGUUGUAAUUUAACAUCAAAUCCACCAUUUGUUAAACCACAUGAAAUAUGGAUAACAUUUAUUGUUGAAUUAAUUGAAACAGCAAAAUAUUGUUGUCAAGAAACAAUUGAAAUGAUUGCAAUGUUAUUACACAGAUCAUUACCAAUGACUGUUGGUACAUCAACAAAUAAUGAACCAAAUUUAAAUCGUCAUAUUGCUGCUGUUGGUGCACGUUUUAAAUUAUUAUCAUGUGGUUUAAUUUUACUUCAAGGUGAUACAUUACAAAAAUCAUUAAGUAAAAAUAUAUUACGUGAACGUGUUUAUUGUAAUUGUUUAGAUUAUUUUUGUCGUGAACGUCAAACACCAACACAAGAAAUGGAUCAAUUAAAAGAUGAUAUUGUAACGUUAAUUAGAUUUUGGCAAAUAAUGCAUAGUGAUAAAAAAUAUUUAAUAAUGUCAGGUGAAAGUGAUUUUGAGGUACUUGUUGAACAACAAAAUAAUUUAUCAACAACAACAACAUCAAAAAUCAACAAUCAACACACAUUAACACAACAUAAUAACAAUAAUAAUUAUAGUGGUGGUGGUAAUAAUUACAACAACAAUUAUAAUACAACCAAUACAAUACCAUUAUCAACAAGUACAAAUACAAUUGGUACAAGUAAAAAAAGUAAUCGUAAUAAUAAUAUCAAUAAAAGACAAACAAAUAGUAAUUUAUUUGUCAAAGAUUAUAUUAAAAAACGUAAUUUAAUACUUGAAUUACUUGCUGUUGAAAUUGAAUUAUUACUUGUAUGGCAUAAUCCUGGUUGUCGACCAGAACUACAAAUACAUGGUGAAGCAUCAAUAUCUGAAUGGCGUUCAAAAUCAAUGAAUGAACGUUGGAAAGAUUAUACACGUCUUGCAUGGGAUAUAAGUCCAGUACUUGCUGUAUAUUUACCAGUUAGAUUACGUAAUACUGAUGCAAUUAUAAAAGAAAUACAAAGACUUGUUAGAUUAAAACCAGGACCAGUUAUGCAUAUACCAGAAGCUCUACAAUAUCUUGUUACAACUGAUACAUUACUAAAUGAUGCACCAGAACUUGUUUAUAUGUUAAAUUGGUCACGUGUAUCACCAAUACAAGCAUUAGCAUAUUUUUCAAGACAAUUUCCACAUCAUCCAAUAUCAGCACAAUAUGCUGUUAGUGUAUUAGAUAGUUAUCCAGCAGAUGCUGUAUUAUUUUAUAUACCACAAUUGGUACAAGCUGUUAGACAUGAUACAAUGGGUUAUGUUAUUGAAUUUAUUAAAAAUAUAUCAAAAAAAUCACAAGUUGUUGCACAUCAGCUAAUAUGGAAUAUGCAUGUAAACAUGUAUAUGGAUGAAGAUAAACAAAUAAAAGAUCCAACUUUAUAUGACAUACUAGAUAAUCUUAUUAAAACAAUAUUAUCAUCAUUAUCAGGACCAGCAAAACAAUUUUAUGAUCGUGAAUUUUCGUUUUUUGAAAAAAUAACAAAUAUAUCUGGUGAAAUACGUGCUUAUCCAAAAGGACAUGAAAGAAAAGAUGCAUGUUUAAAAGCAUUAAGUAAAAUUGUUGUACAACCUGGUUGUUAUUUACCAUCAAAUCCUGAGGCAAUGGUUAUUGAUAUUGAUUAUAAUAGUGGUAGACCAAUGCAGAGUGCUGCAAAAGCACCAUUUUUAGCUAAAUUUAAAGUACAAAAAUAUGGUAUUAAAGAAUUGGAAAAUAUUGCAAUGGCUGUAUCAACUGAUGUUGCAACAACUCAAGCUGAUAUUAAAUCUCGUGGUGGUGGUGGUGGUUUAGAAAAUUGGCAAGCAGCAAUAUUUAAAGUUGGUGAUGAUGUUAGACAAGAUAUGCUUGCAUUACAAGUUAUUGGUAUAUUUAAAAAUAUAUUUCAAAAAGUUGGAUUAAAUUUAUUUUUAUUUCCUUAUCGUGUUGUUGCAACAGCACCUGGUUGUGGUGUUAUUGAAUGUGUACCAAAUGCUGAAUCAAGAGAUCAACUUGGACGUCAAACUGAUUUUGGAAUGUAUGAAUAUUUUUUAGCUAAAUAUGGCAAUGAAACAAGUAAAGAAUUUCAAAAUGCACGAAGAAAUUUUAUAAAAUCAAUGGCUGCAUAUAGUGUUAUAACAUAUUUAUUACAAAUAAAAGAUCGUCAUAAUGGUAAUAUUAUGCUUGACAAUGAGGGACAUAUAAUACAUAUUGAUUUUGGUUUUAUGUUUGAAAGUUCACCUGGUGGUAAUCUUGGUUUUGAGCCAGAUAUUAAAUUAACUGAUGAAAUGGUACUUGUUAUGGGUGGUAAAAUGGAAGCAGCACCAUUUAGAUGGUUUAUGGAAUUAUGUGUACAAGCAUUUUUAGCUGUUAGACCAUAUCAAGAAGCAAUAAUAUCACUUGUAUCAUUAAUGCUUGAUACUGGAUUACCAUGUUUUCGUGGACAAACUAUUAAAUUAUUACGUAGUCGUUUUGCACCAACAGUUACUGAUCGUGAAGCUGCUGUAUUUAUGGGUGGUGUUAUACGUAAUAGUUUUCUCAACUUUCGUACAAAAACAUAUGACAUGAUACAAUAUUAUCAAAAUCAAAUACCAUACUAAUACAAAUACUAAUUAAUUUCAAAAUUUUAUCAGUGUCAAAAUAUAAAAAAUGUUGUUAUUAAUAUUAUUAAAAAAUUAUAAAUAUACCUAUAUAUAUUAUAUCUAUAUCUAUGUAUGUAUAUCAUCUACAAUACACAUUCCUCCAAUGUUGACUAUGAAAAUUAAAUUAUCAUAAGAAUAAAUAUAAAUAAAUAAAUAAAUAAAUAUAUUAUAUUGUUAUUGAAUUGUUGAUUGUUUUUUUUUUUUCAAUUAUCCAUUUAUUAUUUAUAUUUACAACAAUUGGCCAAUUAUAGGUAUAUAUAUAUAUUUUUCUACUUAUGUCAUUGUUUUGUUCAUAUUAUUUAUUUCUGAAAUAUAGACUGUCCAACUUGAUCAGGAUAAAUUGGUUCUGGUGGUGGUAU